AUGGCCGAGGACGAGAAAGCAGUCGGGGUCUCGUCGGCUGUCGACGUCGAAAAGACCCCGCACGUCGACCCGACGCUGGAGAAACAUGCGCACGACGCUGACGACGCCCUGAAGGCCUUUGACGAGCUGCACGGCGAGACGAUCGAGCUGGACGAGGCGACGAACCACCGCCUGCUACGCAUCAUUGACUGGCACAUGAUGCCGAUUAUGUGUUUCGUCUAUGGGAUGAAUUUCCUGGAUAAGACGACCAUGUCGUACGCGAGUAUUAUGGGGCUGAAGCAGGAUUUGCAUUUGGAGGGAGACCAGUACCAAUGGCUGGGAAGUUUGUUCUAUUUCGGAUAUCUGGCGUGGGAAUAUCCCACGAACCGCCUGCUGCAGCGGUUGCCGCUGGGCAAGUACUCCGGGGCGUGUGUUGUGACAUGGGGCGCCAUUCUCUGCUGCUUCGCCGCGGUGAAGAGCUUCUCCGGGGCGGUUGCGAUCCGCUUUUUCCUCGGUGUGUUCGAGGCCGCUGUGACGCCGGGCUUUGCUCUGAUCACUUCCCAGUGGUACACGAAGCAAGAACAGGGCGCCCGCGUGAACAUCUGGUUCAGCUUCAACGGCGUCGGCCAGAUCCUGGGUGGUGUCAUUGCGUACGGAAUUGCCGUCGGCACCGCGAAGUACGGCUCGUCGAUUGCGCCGUGGAAGAUCAUCUUCCUUGUCACCGGCCUGCUGACCGUCGCGCUGGGGGUGAUCUUCUUGUGGGUCGUGCCGGACAACCAGCUGAACGCGCGCUGGUUGAAGAAAGAGGACCGGCUCCUGGCCAUUGCCCGUGUGCGCAGCAACCAGCAGGGCAUCGGCAAUAAGCACUUCAAGAUGUACCAGGUCAAGGAAGCGCUUAUGGACCCGAUGACCUGGGCAUUCUUCUUCUAUGCGCUGAUCGCGGAUAUCCCCAACGGUGGCAUCACCAACUUCUUCAGUCAAUUGAUUACCAGUUUCGGGUUCACCGCGCAGGAAAGCCUGAUCCUGGGCGUCCCCGGUGGCGCCGUCGAAGUCAUCGCGCUGCUGCUGAACGGGUACAUGGGGUACAUCACGAACCAGCGGCUGCUCUGCAGUCUGGGCGGGCUAGUGACCGCGAUGGUCGGGGUGAUUCUCAUCGUUGCGCUGCCAGAGAGCAACAACGUCGGCCGGCUGAUCGGGUACUACAUGACGCAAGCGAGCCCGACGACCUUCGUGGCGCUGCUCUCCAUGAUCUCGUCCAAUGUGGCCGGCUACACGAAGAAGACGACCGUGGCGGCGCUGUACCUGAUCGGCUACUGUGUGGGCAACAUUAUCGGACCCCAAACCUUCCGACCCAAAGACGCCCCCCACUAUGUCCCCGCCGUAAUCACCAUUAUCGUGUGUUUUGGCGUGUCUCUGUGCAUCAUGGUCUUUAUCUGGUGGUGGUACCGCAAGGAGAAUGCCCGCAAGCUGGAGAUCCAGGCGCGACCAGAUUAUGUGCGGCUGGAGAAUCAAGAGUGGCUCGAUUUGACGGAUCGGGAGAACCCCGAUUUCAUGUAUGCGGUGUGA